AUGUCUAAUCGAAACGUGUCAUUUUACGUAACAAUACCCGGAUUACCAAAAGAAGUAUCAGCUAAUUGUGAAAUUGAUAUUGGUGAUGAAUCACACGAAUUAAGACUUUCUACCAGUGUUCAAAAAGUCUACCAUGUUUUUACAUCUUCUGGAAGUCAUAACUAUGAUACAGCGUGUUAUUUAAGUCUGUCAAAUGCAAGUAAUUUUUUUGCCAUGCUCGAAAGGCAUGGUUCAUUUCAAGUUCAAGACAGUUUGAAUAUUUCAACUUUCGUUUCGGGAAUUUUCUUCUACAACGAUAUAUCCAGCACAUACUUGAGUGAAACAACAAUAAGAGUUUAUCAUCAAUUUGCAUAUCCGAUUACAUACAAUUUGGUAUUUGGAAAUGAAGCAAGUAAGAUUCUAACUAAAGAAGCAAAAUAUACUGAUGAAACCGUGUAUCAACGGUCUAAUAUGUCGAUCUCCUUUGCCAUUACAGAAGAUAUUCAGCAAUUUCUAAGUCCAGGCUUGCAUGAGGUAAAAAUCAUUCUUCAAAAUGAUGUUUCUGUAGUUGAAUUGCCGUUUAAUAUUACUUUAAAUAAGGCAUUGAAUGACGUCACUGUCGAGAUACAAAAGUACGUCGAUAUUCACCCCGCCAAAUUUCCUGUUAUCGUCCGCAUUGCGGAGGGAUCCCCGGCUUACAUUGAGAUAAGCAUGAAAAACGUAGAAGAAAGCGGUAUCAUUUUCAUUAGUCUUAUUACUUGUAAAAGUAUGAAAGAAUGUAAGGAAGGCGUCACCAUGGAACUUUUUGUCAACUCACCAGGGACGUUUGAAAUCUUCGUGUCUGCAAAUAACAGUUUGGGGGAAUUAAAGUCAGUGCCAAAAACAGUGGAAUGUUUUAAUUUAGUACAUGAGGUAUUUGUUGUUUCUGGAUCACCUGGUUAUGUCGGAAAAAGACUGAAGAUAUUCGUUUUUUACAAGAUUUUCGCCGACAAUGGAGUUUUCGAUUUAUUUAUAACUGGAAAUAGUGAGGUCUUAUUGGAUAAAAGGCUAUCGAAUCACGUGCGAAGUAAUGCAUCAGGAUUUGCGGAAGAAAACGUGCAAGUUCCAAUCAAUCUAAAAGGAUUCAAAGUCUUUGAAGCAGAACAGAUAUUUCAAACAAUAGGAUAUAUUGAAAUAGUUGCUAGAAUGUCGACAACAAAUAAAAAAGUCCAACUUGAAGACAGGUUCCUAUUGAAUGUGUUGAAAGAUCAAUCACAAAUGUGUUUGUCAGCGAUAAAGAUUCGAGAUGGCAACAAAGAAAAUUACAAUGAUAGGACAAUUCUUGUAUUGAAGUCACUGGUUUUGACUGCAAAUGUCGAACUUCAUUGCCAGCUUGACAAUACUAACGUAGUAGAAUAUUUGUGGUCCAUUCACGAAGUUAAAUCAAUGAGCGAACUACCAAAAGACGCGAACAAAGUUGGCAUCAAUGACCUCGAUUUUACUCAGAAUGAACUAGUAAUAAAGCAAGGAAAAUUACUACCCGGAAUUUAUAUCAUGAAAAUAACUGUCUCAACUCGCGAUAAAAAUGGACAAACUUCUGGCAAGGUUUUUGAUUACACAGCUAUUGAAGUACCUACACUUCCAUUGAAAGCUAAGAUCUGUGGCGCUUUCAAAUUGGAAAUUGGCCAAGAUAUAGAAGAAUUCAAAUACGAUGCCUCCUGCACACCAAGCUCUAAUACUCUUGUACUUGCAUACAAAUGGUGUUGUACAAUAUCAAAUAUUGACAUUCCUACCGAUAAGAACGUGGGAACGUACACGAAUAAAGGUUCUUGCUUCAAAGGGAGGCCAGCAUGUUUUUCCACCACAAAAUCAGGACAAAUUGAAAUUUCAAAUACUGUGAUAAAAGACAAAUUUUUCCUUCGACUUUUCGUUAAUGCAAAUAAUUUUGAUGAUGGAAUUGCAGAUCAAGAAAUCACCGUAUUGCCUCAACCAGUGCCAAUAGUAAACAUUGUAUGUUGGUCAAAUUGCGCAAACGAGAUUAAUUCACAAGAUUCUUUGAUAUUACAAAUAGAAUGCGAAAGAUGUAUUAAAUUUCAAUGGACAAUCAUUGAUUGGGAAGAUGAUGUCGUACGAAAAUGUAACUCGAGUGACUUCUGUCAAAUUAUGACGGACAUUCUCAAACACAUCGGAGAAGUUAUUGAAGUGAAAGUUGAAGGUAUUGAUGAAUUUGGACGGAGUGCUGCAUCCACAUUUCAAAGCUUUAUAAAGACAUUUUCAUCAAACGUGACCUGCGAAUAUGAACCUCAAUCUGGAUUUGCCUUUGUUACACAAUUUCGUGUAUCAUGUUCAAUUGAAGAAACUGAUAAUUUUAUUUAUCAAUUCUUCUUAUUGAAUGAAGAUGGCACAAAUCCUUUGCUACAACAUGGAUAUGACGACUCAUUAGAAAACCUUAUUCUUCCUCCCGGAUUCACGCACAUUGGAAUUCAAGUGUGUUCGUCGACGAAUGCUUGUACUAAAACAAAAGUUUCCAUUGAAGUAAAGUCGGCACCUGAUGAAAUUGCAGAAAAGAUCAUCAAGGAUAUUCCAACACAAAUAUCUAACGCAAUCGACUCUGGAAAUUUGCAACAAGCAACAAAGUCUGCUGCAUUAUUAUUGAAACAUGUUGAGCUGGAUAUUGAAACGAAAGUACAAAUUACUACGAAGUUCGCCAAUUCACAUUUCUCAUCGACGGAGUCGGCUAAACAAAUGUCAGACGUUUUACAAGAAUCAAUUAAAGAUGCAGGGAAGUUACCAACGGAUGUCAUUAAAAAUUUAGUAGAAAAACUGACGGAAAUACAAGAAUGGAUUCGUGAUGACGAAGAAUCAUUGCCCAAUAACUUGAAAUCAGUUGCGUUAUCUUCUCUGCAUCUGUCGUCAAAUAUAAUGGAAUCAAUGCCGAAUUUUAAUGAGACCUCAAGCACCCGUAGUUCAGACUCAUCACCAUUGUUUCAACGUACAGCAUCAGUCAUAGAUCAGCUAGGCUACGAAAUUCUAAAAACUGUUACACCUGGAGAGGAACCGAUCAAUGUAACAACGUCAGCGUUCAAAGCGAAUUUAAGGAAAAUGGAAAGAAACACUAGUUUAUCUAUGAAUGGCGAAUACGUCAAAACAAAAAUUGAUUGUGACUGGUCAAGCAUAAGACAAACAGAAACUAUCAAUCUGCAGGUUAUUCGAUACUUUCCAACUAAAGCAAGAUUUAACACAAAAACGUGUGAAGUUGACGAAGUUGCAUCAAUUUCACUUUCAACAACUCAUAAAACUCACAACUUAUUGAAACCAAUAACAAAUCCACUGAUUCCUUCAAAACCUGUUCAAAUUUAUCUGCAUGCCGACAAGCAUAUUCCUGAUUCUUCUAUAGAAAUGGAAUUUAAAAUCAAAGACUACAAGAAUGACGUUCAAAAUUUUACGUUAGGCAUUCAAACUUUUGAAAACAUGUUCGUCAAUGCUCGUCUGCAUUCUAAAAAUCUUCCGGAGAAUGUAACGUUGAAUGUUACAAUUAGGAAUGAAAUUGGAAAUAUCGAAUCACAUAUAUUGACCAAAGCAGACUUCUCAAAUCAUAGUUAUGCAUGGAAACUGCAUUUUCAUGACAGAGGAAAAAUAAACCAGGAGUUUAUUAUUCUUGCAUCUACGACAGAAGAUUCCAAUCAAUCUCGUAUAAAUUUUAUUUCAAAUCGCGAUAGCGCUACUACUGAUGAUAUUGCAACUGCUUCAAACUCUAAUCUUAAUUUGAUAAAUACAACGGUCGAAUCCGAAACAAUCCUUAAAGACACAUCUUCAACACCUGAGAUCAGGUUUAACUUAACGAUGAAAAUAUACGCAAUGAAGUGUAUGCGUUGGGACGAUAUGAUAAAAGAUUGGACCACAUCAUUUUGCAAGGCAACAUCUGGAAAUGAAUCAGACAAUCUAGAUUGGUGUGAAUGUGAUCUGGGUCAAACACAGUCUAGGAGAUUGAGUGGAACAUCAACAUCCUUCAAUAUUUUUUCAUCCAAGCUUCUUGUCUUCUCACCGCCAUUACCAAACAAAAUUGAACUAAACGUUGUUGAGUACAUCAACAACACAGGAGGAGUGGAUGUAAGAAUAUGA